GAUGGAGUAAAACCGAAAGAUGCGGAGCAUAAGAUUCGUCCGUUCAAGUGUGUCGACAUACAUGCCAUGCCAGGGGUCCUGUUACUGUCUAAGCUGCCGGCUGCAAAUGCGUACAGCAACUGGUCCUUGAUUUCGAUGGCAAAUUUAAGGCGCAUCACUUUCUCCUCUUCCGUACACAGACAAAUCGAUUAGACUCGCCUCGUACGGAAUCAAGAGUGAAUAAGAUUCAAGCUACGAAUCAAGGCGCCUAGCGUGUGCUUGCUUAAAGCUUGUACACUUGCGGGGGCGUAAGGAAGAACGGACUGAUUUGGGUCGAAUUUACUCUCAAGAGGGCAACGCUGUAUCUUUAUGCAAUCUCAUAAACGAAGCUGCUAAUUUCACAUCCGUUUUCCCUAGUUCGUCGAAAGUUCUGAGGGUAAGCCGAUUAUAAGCAACAUGGGAGACUGCGGAGGAGCCGCCGACUUGAAUGGAGUCGACAAGAGUCAGGCGACACGUCUGAAGGGCGGGGCUAUAGCUGGAAUUCUAAUCGCUAGUGCCCUGGGAGUGGCGAUUCCUCUUUUGGGAAGGAAGUUCAGGUUUCUACGAGUCGAAGGCAGGCCUUUUGUCGUCGCGAAGUCAUUUGCCGCCGGAGUUAUUCUGGCCACGGGGUUCGUACACAUUCUGGGCGAAGCAUCGGAGAGACUGCAAAGCGAGUGUUUACCAGAGAUGCCGUGGCACAAGUUCCCUUGGACUGGAUUCAUCGCAAUGAUGUCCGUCUUCCUCACUUUGGUCGUGGACGCCGUGGGUACCGAGUAUUACGAGAGAAAGCAUGGAGUCUUUAUGGGUCAUGGGCAUGGAGCUCUUGAGUCAGCGUCAAGCCGCGUGGCCGUCGACAACAAGACUAUCGACGAGGAGAAGAACACUCUCGACUUUGCCCAGCGCGAGAAAGAAACCGAACAUCUGAGACAUGUGGUCAUCUCGCAGGUCCUGGAGUUGGGAAUUAUCGCACACUCGGUUAUCAUCGGAAUCUCACUCGGAGUUUCCGACACUCCCAGCAGCAUCAGACCGCUGUUCGCCGCUCUAUGCUUCCAUCAAUUCUUCGAAGGCAUCGCCCUCGGUGGCUGCAUUGCACAGGCUGGAUUCAAGAGAGUGGCCUCCUUCCUGAUGGCGACCUUCUUCGCAUUGACCACUCCGUUCGGAAUCGCUCUCGGCAUCGGAAUUGCCUCGAGCUACAACGAGAACAGCCAAAGCUCGCUUAUCGUCCAAGGCCUGUUCGACGCGAUUUCUGCUGGAAUCUUGAUCUACAUGGCUUUGGUGGACUUGAUCGCACACGACUUUCUCGGAAAGCGCAUGAAGGGCGACCGGCGAUUGCAAGCGAUGUGCUACACGGCCCUGUUCGCCGGCGCCACUGCCAUGUCCGCUCUGGCCAUCUGGGCCUGAGAGCUCGACAGUGUCUUGUCAUCCUUUGUACGAUUUUAAAAUACAUACACUCAUCGUCCGUGGGGACCAUGUAUGAACAAAAGCUUUGAAGACUGCAGAGAUGAGAACUAUAGAGGUUUGAGUGUCCGGCUCGUGCUCUUCGACAACACCGCGCGGAGAGACUGUAAAACAUGAACGAUCCAGAAUAAGUUGCGGGGCCGAUCAUCGACGAUGACGACGACGGCGGGCUUCGAACAUCCAUCCGGCCACAUCCACUGUGGCAUCCAUAGGCAAAAUCGAGUGGCCGACUGGGCUGGCGGUCAAUGUGUCGAGAUCAUCACCAUCAGGCGGGCUCAUCCUUUGGUCGGCUCUGCAGCAGCUGAUCGUGAUGACCUGUUCGAGAGUUUUGUGUGUAACAACCAACCACCCAUCCAAAUGUAAAAGUUUAAAGUAGGAUUUUUUUCGGUGAUUUGAUCAUCCAGUUGAUAAUAAAUUCAGAGCGUUGCAUCCUCGUUCGCAUACAGAUCUGAUCUAAAUAGUUAACUUCUGAAUCGCGAACGGACAGCAACCUUCCGCGUUUUUCUUUCAUAUUCAUAACCUCAGUUAUAGGCCCAUACUCCAUUUAUCAACCUCCUGAUGAUUUUGAGCGGACGUGAGUGUGAUUACCACCGCGGUGAUGUGCGUUCGCAUAGCCUCAGUGGAACUGAUGUUCUUCUAGUCCCUCUGACGCAUCCCACAAUCACCGAUGCAAUGUAAAACCGACGUAAAAAUAUUUUUGUACAUUCAUGGCAUUCGCAUGAAUGUACUUCAACUCACAAGUCGAGGAUGUUUACUGGCUUUUAAGAUUACAAGCGA